AUGGUUCCUCAAAGCGUGGCCGCGCUCGAGGCGUUCAAAAAGCGCAUCGGCGGAGGAGGCGGAGCCGGCGGCGGCGGCGGAGGCGGAGGAGGAGGAGGCAGAGUGGUUACCGUCGCGCGUCGCAUGCGUCGCUUGGCGUCGUGGGGCUCGACGCCGUUUUCGAUGCAGUUCACGCGACGGUUCCAGGUCGGCGCGGAGCUGGGCAAAGGCGGGUUCGGGCUGGUGCACAAGUGCAGCGAUCUGACCGGCGAGAUGGGGUCGCAGCCGCUCGCGGUGAAAACGAUCGAUAAAGUCGCGAUGUACGAGGAGUGCGAGAACGCGGGGCAGCUGAUGGAGCGGCACCGCGCGUUGGAGCGCGAGGUGAAGAUUCUAGGUCUGCUGCGCGACCACCCGAAUAUUGUGCAGGUGAAGAAAGUUUACAACACUAAAGACAGGUUCCGUGUGGUAAUGGAGCUCUGCGAUGGCGGCACUCUAAAGGAUCACCUUGUAAAGCAGAUGGAGGCCAGCACCGCAGCCCGGAAAAAGCUCAAGCUCGGGUAUGCAGGCGGGUUGCCCGAAAAGGACGCGGUCGACGUGUUUCGGCAGCUAGUGGAAGCAGUGCAGUACUGUCACGCCAAGAGCGUGGUACACCGGGAUAUAAAGCUUGAGAAUGUGCUGCUGGCGCUGAACCAGAGGUUCUGCCUGGACUGCGACUUGCAGGAUAUAGAGCAGAAAGAUGAGGUGCCUCGGCUCUUCACAAUCGAUUCAGUUGGAGAUGCUGAGGAGAUGGCUGCAGGAGAGAGCGCAAGGGUGGGAGAUGAGAGCAUCAGGACCGAGGGAGGGGCGUCAGACGCAGGGAAGGAGACGCCAGCAGCAGCGGCGGAAUCUCUUCCGAGAAGCUCCACUGAGGAAGAGGUCCCAAGGCCUAGGCAGAGCAAGUGCACAUGCGGUAAGGUGAAAAUUGCUGGCCCUCCACCUGAAGGGAUUCCCGUCACAUCUUCCCUGUUCUCAGAGCUCCCUUUCACUAUCAAGCUCGCAGACUUUGGGCUUGCAGUGAUGGUUAAGGAAGGGCAGAAGCUGCAGGGGAAGUGUGGCACAGAGGGUUACAUGGCACCGGAACUGGUUACCGGGCAGAAGUACACCUAUUCUGCGGAUGUGUGGAGCCUUGGAGUGGUGCUGCACGCGCUGCUGUUUGGGGAGUUGCCUCGUUAUAAGCAGCCCCAGGAUGUGGCAAAGUACGGCGUGCCGCCGCCGAGCAAGAAGAAAUGGACUGCAGUGACGGAGGAAGGGAAGGACUUGUACCUUGCGAUGCUGCAGAUUAAUCCGGAGGAGAGAAUUCAGAGCCAAGACCUGUUGAAGCAUGCAUGGUUUGAGAAGAAAUGGGAUGAGGAUAGCGAGAAGGAUGAUGCAGUGGGCCAGGGAGGGGGCUCCCUGUUUUGCUGUUUUGGAGGAUAG